UCACCGAGGCGAACAUGGGCGGAGCUGCUCUCUCUCUCUCUCUCUCUCUCUCUCUCUAGAAAGCCCGAAGAAUCACAGACUACAAAAGGACGCGGCGCAUCACUGAAGCCCUAGGGAUGGGCCUCUGUGUUCCUUCCUUCUCGACGAAGCAUCGAGAAAUUCUCUGCGAUCUGAAUCUUUGAAAUGUGCUUCUCCAGAGCCAGGGCAAGAGUCAGUUCUAUUUCCCGCUCGUUACGUCGAUGAUUGAAUUACGUCGACGCCAGAGGAUUCUCAUCCUCUCUCUGCUCUCUUUUACUGUUUUUGCUCCUCUCAUUUUAUUCUCUGACAGGCUUAAACUUCUCGCUUUUAACGGUCGGAAUGAGUUUGUGGAAGAUCUAUCAAGUAUUACAUACAGGACAGAUACCUUGAAAUUGAAUUCCAUAGAAAAGGAAGAUGCUAGAGGAUUAGAAGAGCCAAAACAAGUUGUUUACAAAGAAAAUGAUUUUGUUCCCACAAUUAAUUACAGUUCCAAACAGAGGAACGAUUCUGAAGAAUCUGGAAUUGUAGGGUACAGAAUUCCAGGAUUCAAUGAUGACAAAAAAGAAAACCAGCAAGUUCAACGGAAAGGAUCUUCUUCCAUUUCUGGAGAAAAGAAGAAAUUUAAUGAAACAGUUCCACAAUAUCAGAACAUGAACACUCAAUCACAGAGAAAAAAACAUGAAAAUAUUGGAGGGAGAAACGAGCAAUCUGAUCAAAAAACAUCACAACAUCAUCAGACUUUACACAGUUGGUCACAUAAAGCAUCAAAUGAGAGGGUAAUGGAGAUUAAAGACCAAAUUAUUAGAGCCAAAGCAUACUUGAUGUUUGCACCACCUGGCAGCACCUCACGCUUGGUCAAGGAGUUGAAGCUGCGUAUUAAAGAGAUGGAACAAAUUGUUGGAGAAGCCAAUAAGGAUUCAGAUUUACCAAGGAGUGCUUUGCAGAAAAUGAAACACAUGGAAGCUUCAUUGUCCAAAGCCAACCGUGCUUACCCACACUGUCAUCUUAUGGCUUCAAAGCUUCGUGCAAUGAACUAUAAUGCUGAAGAGCAAGUUCGGACUCAGCUAGCUCAAGUGUCAUAUCUUGUUCAUCUUGCUGCAAGGACUACCAGUAAAGGCCUCCACUGUCUUUCUAUGCGGCUGACUGCAGAAUACUUUGCUCUGAGGCCUGAGGAGAGAAAGUUUCCAAAUGAAAAUAGGAUCGAUGAUCCUGAACUUUAUCAUUAUGCUGUCUUCUCUGACAAUGUUCUGGCCUGUGCAGUGGUUGUUAACUCCACUGUUUCUACUGCCAAGGAACCAGAGAAACUUGUUUUCCAUGUGGUGACCAAUUCACUCAACUUUCCAGCAAUCUCAAUGUGGUUCAUAUUUAACCCACCAGGCCAAGCCACACUCCACAUACAAAAUAUAGACAAAUUUAAAUGGAUGUCUAAGUACAGUGGCUUCAAGAAACAAAAUUUCAGUGAUCCAAGAUAUAAUUCUGAACUCAACUGCCUUCGCUUCUAUCUACCAGACAUCUUCCCUGCUCUCAAUAAGAUUGUUCUCUUUGAUCAUGAUAUGGUGAUCCAACAAGAUCUCAGUGACCUAUGGAAUGUGAAGAUGAAGGAAAAAGUAAAUGGAGCAGUUGGGACUUGUCAAGAAGGUGAUACUUCAUUUUACAGGAUCAAUACGCUCAUCAAUUUCUCAGAUCCAUUUAUUGCAGAGAGGUUUGAUGGCAAUGCAUGCACAUGGGCAUUUGGGAUGAACUUGUUUGAUUUGAAACAGUGGAGGAGAUUGGAUUUAACUGGUGUCUAUCACAAAUAUCUGGAAAUGGGUUCUGAGAGGCCAUUAUGGAAUGCUGGGAGUCUGCCUAUAGGGUGGCUCACUUUCUAUAACAAGACAAUGGUGUUGGACGGACGGUGGCAUGUUCAUGGCCUUGGUUAUAACUCUGGCAUAGAUCGAAAUAAAAUUGAGCGUGCCGCUGUUAUACACUAUGAUGGAAUUAGGAAACCAUGGUUGGAUAUUGCGAUGGGAAGAUACAAGGGUUAUUGGACCAAAUUUAUUAAUUAUGACCAUCCUAUAUUGCAACAGUGCAAUGUACAUGAGUAGGACAAAUAUUCCUACCUUGCUGAGUAAAUUGACCAAUCCGAUGGCACAUUAUUUGCCUCUCCGCUCCAUUCUUUCCUGUUCUUUGGCAGUUCUGAUUGUAAAGCCCUUCGUACCUUCUCAACAAUAUUCUAUACAUCGCUUGUUGAAAAGCUUAGCCAGUUUAUAGUGACAGUUAAGAUGGAAAUAAGAAUCAGAGGCAUUUUAGCUGUUUGCAGAUACUGUUGGUUUUCGUGUAAAUAAUUCAUCUUUGCUGUUCUUAUUUAUUGAUUCCGUCCUAGUUACAGCGUGACUGUUAGCAGAUCUAUGCUUUAACCCUAAGAACAAAUUUAUGCGCCAUUUGUUAAAAUUAGGGCAGUGUUCCUCCAUUGCAGUAUUCAAUGAUCGUUUCAUUUUA